UUUUUUUUAGAACUAAACAAGGCCUUACAGACUCUUUACACACACUUUGUAGUACUCAGCCAGCAGAAGAGAGAGAGAGAGAGAGAGACUAUAACCACCCAGCCCAACCUAAGUAGCCGCUGGUACAGCUGAGAGCUCCAGCUAACAACUUGUGUGUCUGCUGGCUUGGCUGCUUCCAGUGCGUCCUAGCUAGCUCCUCCAUUGCUUCCAAUUCCAUUGCAUGCGUCCUCUCCCUGCCCCUAUAUCCUGUAUAUACAAGAGAGAUAGUUGUCUUUAGGUAUACAGAUGCAGGUGAUCGAUCAUCGAUCGAUCCAUAGCUAGCGAGCGAGCUAUAGCUACCUCCAUGUCGUCGUCGUCCAUGGCCAUGGGCAAGGGGAAGGCGGCGGUGAGCAAGAGCUUGCAGGAGUCGAAGCUGCUGUGGCACAUCGCCUUCCCGGCCAUCCUCACCGCCGUCUUCCAGUUCUCCAUCGGCUUCGUCACCGUCGCCUUCGUGGGCCACAUCGGCUCCGUCGAGCUCGCCGCCGUCACCGUCGUCGAGAACGUCAUCGAAGGUUUCGCCUACGGAGUCCUGCUGGGCAUGGGCAGCGCGCUGGAGACGCUAUGCGGGCAAGCAGUGGGCGCUGGCCAGGUGUCCAUGCUGGGCGUGUACAUCCAGCGGUCCUGGCUCAUCUGCGGCGCCACGGCGGUGGUCCUCACGCCGACGUACCUCUUCACGGCGCCCAUCCUCCGCGCGCUCCGGCAGCCCGGCGACGUCGCGCGCGUGGCGGGCACCUACGCGCGCUGGGUGGCCCCGCAGCUGUUCGCGUACGCCGCCAACUUCCCGCUGCAGAAGUUCUUCCAGUCGCAGAGCCGGGUGUGGGUGGUCACCGCCGUCUCCGGCGCCGGGCUCGCCGUCCACGUCGUCCUCAACUACGUCGUCGUCGCGCGCCUGGGGCACGGACUCCUUGGCGCCGCCGUCGUCGGGAACGUCACCUGGUGGCUCGUCAUCGCCGCGCAGGUCGGCUACCUCGUCUCCGGGUGCUUUCCGGAGGCGUGGCAAGGGUUCUCCAUGCUCGCGUUCAGCAACCUCGCCGCCUUCGUCAAGCUGUCGCUCGCCUCCGCCGUCAUGCUCUGCUUGGAGCUGUGGUACUACACUGCGGUGCUCAUCCUUGUGGGUUUCCUAAAGAACGCACAGCUUCAGAUUGACGUCAUGUCCAUUUGCAUCAAUUACCAGCUGUGGACGCUGAUGGUUGCACUGGGCUUCAACGCAGCAGUGAGCGUGAGGGUGUCCAACGAGCUGGGCGCCAACCGUCCCAAGGCGGCCAAGUUCUCGGUGAUCGUGGCGGUGCUGACGUCGGGCUCCAUCGGCGCCGUCUUCUUCGCCGUCUUCCUGGCCUGGAGGACGGGGCUGCCGCGCUUCUUCAGCGAGGACGGCGACGUGCUGAGGGAGGCCUCAAGGCUGGGCUACCUCCUCGCGGGCUCCAUCUUCCUCAACAGCGUCCAGCCGGUGCUCUCGGGCGUCGCCAUCGGAGCAGGCUGGCAGGCGCUCGUCGCCUUCGUCAACAUCGGCAGCUACUACUUCGUCGGCAUCCCGCUCGCGGCGCUCUUCGGAUUCAAGCUAAGCAUGGAUGCCAUGGGGAUUUGGUUGGGCAUGACGCUGGGAACUCUGCUUCAGACGGCUAUCCUUGUGUUCAUUUCGUACAGGACCAAGUGGGAGAAACAGGCUAUGCGGGCCGAAGAGAGGGUGAGGGAGUGGGGAGGGAGGAGCGACGCCCUGCCGUCGGCGACGCAGGUCGCGCCGGCGGUGAAAGAUGCGGAUCCAUCAUCAAAUGCUGCUGCUAUCUGAGAACUUGCAGCUGCGGCAGCGGCACAGAUCCGCGUAGAUAGUUUAGGAUGGAUUAAUAUGUACAGAUUGAUCGAGUGGAGCUUAAUUAAUUUAUAUAUAGUGCCGGAACCUCCUUUAAAUUUCUUUUUUUCCCCCAAUUCUUGACGACUUUUGCUCCUACGUUUCUGGGUAGAAGACCAUACACUGUACUUAGGUCCAUUUUUCACUUUUCAAACAUUUUUAGAGAAAAAAAUCUAAAUAUAUAUUUCCUUUUAUUACAUU